GGGCGAAGCGCGGGAGCGCUGCUUGCUGCCUCUCGGGGACCGUCCAGGUCCCGUAGGCGUCUGCUGUGCUUUUGCCGCCCAUUUCAUGCUUUCGAGUGGCCCGGGGGACGGCGUCCCCUCGGGGCGGCGGAGGGAGCGGGUGCCUCCGCUAGGACCCCUCCGCACCUUUUCUCUUUCCAGAGCUGUCGGUUACGUAGAGGACGCCGGCCCGGCCUCCCCCGGGCGCCGGCGCCGCUGUGAUGCCCAGAGCUCCCGGGGCACGCCUGGUGCGGCCGAGCGGCUCGGCGCUGGGCGGGGUCUUGCGGGCGCGGCGGGGAAGGGCAGGGGCGCCGGGCCGACGUCGGCGGCUGAGGAUGGACGAAGGAGCGCCGGAGUCGCUUCGCUCGCCUCAGCGUGGUCCGGUGCCUCCCUGACACCAUGGCCCUGGCUGAGGUAGUAGUUUGUGCUGUUGGUCGGGUUGUGACAUUGCCCGCUGUGGAGAUAACUGCGCAAGCUACUGCCUUGCUAGUGCUGGUGAUGCUCAGCGCCGCGGAGGACAAUGGCUGGGAAUCCCCUUUGUUUUCCGGGGCGCGGGGGCAGCCCGCCGAGCCCCGGCAGGGCCGGCCACCACGGAAACCGUUAGUUGUACAUUUUCCCGGAGGGAGGAAGGGACUGCGGGGAGAGGGGUGGACGGGGACUUUUGUAAAGCUGGGGAAGACCUAAGUCUUUGGAUUCGGUAUUUGCUCGAAAAGGAAGGAAUGCAAUUGUGAGAGAGAUUGACACAUAACUUUUCCACCCUAAAUAAUUUUACCGCUUCUUUCAGUAGUUGAUGCAAGAUUUAGUUUGUACCUAUUUUACUUCAUUCUUUAUCUGUGGGUCGGAGUGGUGUGAGGUAUCUUGUGCAGAACUGGCAUUAGGGGCGGAAUAGUAGACCCAUUAAUUAUAAAGUUUAUGCCUUAACAGUUCAAAUCUGUUUUUUUUUUAAUAUGUUCUCUCGGUAAAUCUAAGAGUUUUUAAAAUGUGUAAACCCAAAGCAAUUAAAAGUUUCUGUUUAAACUUUGCAACUCUUUGAAUAAGAAGACUGAAUUUAUAGUUAAAUGCACUAUUGAGAUUUUUUAAUGUAUGAGGCAAAUAAAUUCUCUUUACAGUGUG